CCCUCACCAAACUCGAUCCAAGCGAACUUUCCAAUUUAUACCCCGGGGACAUCAUCAACAGCGAAUUUACGACACGGCGUUUCGAUCACCAACCCCUUCAAACCAGCAUGCAUCAUCAUUGAAUCAUCCAUCAUCAUUGUUUCGCGUCAAUUACUUGCUCGCUUCUGUCCGAACUCAUAAAAACUAUUACCCUUACAUCAUCAAUUACUUUUUACAACAACAACGGCGCGGCAUGAAACGUUUGUUUUUUCUUCGGGCUUUUUUUCUCCCUCUUUUCUUAUGAAAAGGGGAUUAUUCCGGCGGUGCACAGCAGCAGCGAUGAUACACACACACCACAACAAAAACUGUUUUUCCGGCCGACGGUGGGGCGCGCGAACUUUUGGGUCACUGUUCUUGUUUUUCCCGGCGUCUUUUUUUGGUGGGUGGUGGUGCGUGAGGGAAAGGAAAAGAAAGAUGAUGUUCCGGCCUUGUCGUCUCCAUCGCUCUCCCGUCGUCGUCCUUGCUCUCUUGGGAACCUCGUUUUGGGGGUGCCCAUGCCCUCUCCUCGGAGGGCACGCGGGUUUCUGCUGUGCUUUUUGCUUUGCGCGUUUUCCCUUCGCUGCUGUGCUUUGCUACGCUUUGCUUUGCUACGAUACGAUUUUUUGUCUACGGCGGAUUUUUUUCCCGACUCGGGUCGGGUCCAGGGGCGCUGGUGAAGGAAAACUCGGAGCGCGAUUGAUUGAUUGGCAUCUUUUCGGGACGGCGAGGAAUCGGUCGGUGUGUGUGGGAUAGGAUAGGAUAGGAUAGGAUAGGAUAUGUUUUCGGGGCAGAUUUCUCAACUUGCUCUUUCUUCUCUCUCUACUCUCUCUCUCUCUCUCUCUCUCUC